AUGGACGAAUCUCAGACAUGGCAUGCACUCCAACUUUCUGGUUUGGCGCUUCUCAUCGUGGUGAUCACGAUACUUCUCACUGUUCUCAACCUCGUCGUCCUCCUGCUCAGAGGCUACAUACGAACAAUCAAUCAUUCGAAUGGCAUCGAGGAUCACUUGAUGUACAUUGGGGGGAUCAUCAACUUGGGUCUCAAUAUCGCGGUCGUAUACGGGUGCUAUACCGGUAUUGGUUCGUUUGAUCACAAGCUGAAUGCCUCCAUCGCGACGGAGGGUGCCAAGAUGGUCACUGUUUGGCAGCUCCUCUACCUCACCUGCUCGCCCAUCAUCAAGAUCAGCAUUUGCGCUACGUUGAUCCGAGUUGCCUCGCAGCGGCGCUAUACUUACCCACUCUAUGUUGUCUCUAUUCUGGCCAUAGCGAUGAGCGUCAUGGGAAUAAUCUGCGUCUUCGUCCAAUGCACGCCAUUCACAGCCUCCUGGACCGGCAAAGGUAAAUGCAUCCCAGCGGACGUCAUGAUGAUCCCCGCGUACAUUUUUUCGGCCGUCAAUAUCGCAAUGGAUUGGACUAUUACAAUCGUACCAGCGUUCAUGCUGUGGAGCCUUCGAAUUCGCAGAUAUCUAAAGCUUCUGGCCUCUGGUAUUCUAGGAAUAGGGAUUCUGGCAUCUACCGCUAUGAUUGUUCGCAUGAUAUACGUUCUAAGCUAUGGAAAGAGCACCAACAAGCUGCACAAAAUCGGCUAUAUCAUACUUUGGGCUGUUGUUGAGAUAAGCCUGGGGAUCAUUGCCGGUUCACUUCCUUCUGUUCACCAAUCCUCCAAAGGCCGCUCCAAAGACAGCACCAGCCGCCGAGAUUCGUACGGAACCGAAUUGGGCACGAUUGUGGGGAGAAGGAGAAGGCCGCCCCCGAUCGUGCCUACAUACAAUGACUACGAGGUCACCACCACAAUUGGCCAGGGGGAUGAUGGGAACAACGACACGGAUUUCGACAAGGACGAUGACAGCACGCGUCGGAUGAUUUACGUCACGCGGGAAAUUCAGCAAACCUACAGCUAA